UUCCGCAAAGCGUUUCGUCGAAACCAGAAAGAUCGGUGUCUGUCGACUGCUCGGUUCCUUGCACAUUUGGUCAAUCAAAAGGUGGUGCAUGAGCUAAUCGUUCUCGAAUUGCUCACUCUUCUCCUGGAACAGACUACCGACGACAGUGUGGAAGUGGCCGUGUCUGUGUUGAAAGAAUGCGGCGCGAUGCUCACACGACUAGUGCCGAAGGGUGUGCACGGUGUAUUCGAGCAUUUACGACGUAUUCUGAACGAGGGGAACUGUGACAAGCGUAUAUCUUACAUGCUAGAAGUCAUGUUUCAGAUUCGUCGUGACGGUUGGAAGGACCAUCCUAUCGUGUUGCCUGAUCUGGACUUAAUCCAAGAAGACGACCAGAUCACACAUACCACUUCAUUGUUGGAUCAGGUUGAUCCAGAAGAUCAUUUGAAUGUCUUCCGUUUCGAUCCAGACUACCAAGCAAAUGAAGAGAAGUACGCACAAAUCAAAGCUUCGUUCUUUGAGUCAGACGAUGAAGAUGAGGAUGAUGACGGGGAUGCAGACUCCGACGAUGGUUCUAGUGAUGGUGGCUCCGGGGAAUCAGAUGAAGACCAGGAGGAUUCUGAACGACCUCAGGGUGCGGCUGCCGCAGAUGGUACAGACAAACAGACGGUGAUCGAUCAGACUGAAACCAAUUUGGUUCACCUUCGGCGAACCAUUUAUCUAAUGCUUCAAAGCAGUCUCAGUGCGGAUGAGGCCGGACAUCGUUUGUUACAAUUGAAGAUACGACCGGGUGAGGAAUAUGAGGUUGCCUCCAUGGUUCUCGAUUGUUGUGCUCAGACCCGAAGUUACGAAACACGUUACGGACGACUGGCACAACGUUUGUGUCGUGUCAUUCUUACCAGUGGCGGGGGUGGAGGCGGUAGUGGUGGUGGUGGUUCCGGUUCUCGUCCUGCAGCACCAGACCUAGGUCCGGGAAGACGCUACAAACCGGGCCCAGAUUAUAGUCGUUCGAAAAAUACCGCUCCGGAACCGGAGGUUGUACAAGAUGCCGGUCCACCACGAAGCUAUGUGGCUGAGUUUGAAAAAAUUUUCUCCGAACAGUAUUCUAUUAUUCAUCGUUUGGAAACGGCUAAAUUGCGCAAUGUGGCCUUGUUUUUUGCGCACCUCCUGUACACAGAUUCAAUCUCAUGGGGUGUCUUCGAAUGUGUACGUCUAAACGAGCGUGAUACCACUUCGUCUGGUCGAAUUUUCCUGNCAAACUGA